AUGGACGAGUCUCGGACCCAUGACUACGGGGAUCCUAAUCAGCCGUGUUACAAGUCCCCUGAGAGCAGCAGCAGCUACAGCAUCCGAACCGAGGACUCGAUGCGGCAGACCGAGGGCGACUUGGAGCCGGCAGAGCUCGCGGGGCACGAGAAAGACACCCUCAGGGCCGCCAGGAGAGAGGCGCUCCAACCAACGCGACGGGCCUUUUCGUUUGAUGGCGGCCAGGUGCGCGAUGAAUACUUCUUCUCCGAGCCCAGACCGUACCACGAGCCCGAGGAGUCCAUCCGCCGAGCAUGCUCCUUCGAGACUCCAGAGCCGACUCCCCCCUGCCGCAGCUGGUCAGCAAGCCCUCCGAAUGCUGGCAGGAAUACGGCUUCCCUCGUAAGCUUGCACUCCUAUCAACCUUCAACCCCACCACACCCAGUUAACACCACAAAAAAACAAAAAGGCUGCCCGAACCCGUACAACUGGUCCGGGCGCAAAAAGGCCGGCAUUCUCCUGACCAUCAUGAUGCUCAUCAUCAACUCAACCAUGGGCAGCGCGCUGCCGAGUAAUGCGUUGCCGUUUAUUGCGAGGGAGUGGAAUGUCACGUCCCAGACGCAACGGGUGCUGCCGAUUUCAAUUUAUUUGAUUGGAUACGUCAUGGGGCCUAUCCUCUGGGGACCCCUGAGCGAGCAGUUCGGGCGAAAAGUGCUCACGCUCUGCACCUUUUUCAUGUUCACCCUGUGUACGCUGGCCUGCGCACUGGCGCCGACCUGGGCGGGGUUUCUCGUCUUCCGGCUCUUGACGGGCGUCUUUGCCAGCUCGCCCAUUGCCGUCGUGCCGGGCAUCAUUGCCGACACGUUUAGCGACCCGCGAUUUACCGUCUCCGGCCCUCUCCUCGCGCCCAUUAUAUCCGGGUACACCUCGCCCACCAUCGGCUGGCGGUGGGCCUUCUGGAUCGGCCUGAUCUACGCCGGCGCAACCCUAAUCCCACUCGUCUUCCUCCCCGAAACCUACGGCCCCGUCCUCCUCAAACGCCGGGCCCAAGCAAUCCGCCGGCGUGACCCCCGAGUACGGGCCGUAGCACCCCACGAACUGGACAAAAAAUCCCUCUCCGAACUCGCCACUGUCGUCCUGACUCGCCCGCUGCGUAUGCUCGCUUGCGAACCCAUCGUCAACACGUCCUGCGCCUACCUAGCCCUCUGCUACGCCAUCUUUUACAUGUCAUUCGAAGCCUUCCCGGUCAUUUUCGAGGGGGUGUAUGGCUUUGCGCCGGGGCCUUGCGGGUUAACCUAUCUAGCUGUGGGCGUCGGCUGCCUGCUGGCGCUGCCCAUCUUUUUCGCGUACGACACCAUCCUGCGCGACGCGCAGCGCCGCCGCGCGCCCUGGACCCGUCGUGAAGAGUCCCGGCGCUUGCCGCUCGCUUGUAUCGGCGGUCCGCUGUUUGCGCUGUCGCUGUUCUGGCUGGGCUGGACGGCGAGAAAGGACACGCACUGGGCGGUCCCGAUGCUCGCGGGGAUUCCGUUUGGGAUUGGGUUCAUGUGCAUCUUUCAGGCGCUGCUAAACUACCUAACAGACGCCUACUCAAUCUACGCCGCCUCAGCCAACGCGGCCGCGUCCUGCAGCCGCUCGCUGCUGGCCUGUCUGCUGCCCUUCGCGGCGCUGCCCAUGUUUGACAAGCUGGGCAUCAGUGGCGCGCUGUCGCUGCUGGGGGGGAUCAGCACGCUCAUGUGUGUGAUUCCCUUCCUGUUUCUGUGGCGCGGCGAGCGUAUCCGCCGCGCAAGCAAGUUCUGCCGGCUCAUUCGUGAGCGCACGAAAGAGAUGCAGCGGCGGGUUGACGAGCAGAGAAGGAGGAGCGCCGCUGCGUCGGCUGCUGCGUCUACUGCGGCUCUUGGUGCCUCCCGUUCCUUGGUGAAGUUCAACCCCAAGUGA